AUGGAGCACCUGGCUGUGGAUGAUGACAUCUGCAUCCUAAAACACGAGACAGCCUACACUGCUGCUGGAGAGAGCCCUGUAUCUGUGUGUGCUGGUGAUGAAUCUGUGGCUUCUCAUUUCGCUCUUGUCACAGCCUAUGAAGACAUUAAAAAGCGACUGAGAGAGACUGAGCGAGAUAAUACUUUCCUCAGGAAACGAGUCAAGCAGCUAGAGGAUAAGCUCUUCCGGCCCGAAGCUUCAGAGGGUCCCCAGUAUGUGAACAAGGCCUUCAGUGCAUAUCGAGGCAUCUAUAUUGAAAAGGAGGACCUGCAGAUGGAGCUUAACAAACUGAAAAAGGAGAAGAGUGAGAGUGAGAGACUGCUGACAGAGCAGCUUCAAUGCAAAGAGCUCGAGCUGCUUCAGCUUAGGACUGAGAUGGAAACCAGCCAAGGUUUGUCGGUGAUGAAGAGCUUGAAUAGUCCUCAGGACUACUGGCAGAUGGACUGUAUCAGUGCUGAGCAAAAGAUCCUUAAACUUCAGGAGGAGCUGGAAAGGUUGACCCUGGAAAACAGGAGACAGCUGGAAAUGAGUGGGGAGGAACCAUGUGGCCUAAAUGGACCAAACUUGGAACAGAUGUGUGACGACAAGUUCAAUUGCAGGGAGAGGAGCGUGCAGCAAGCAUAUAAAGCUUUGUGUUCUGAGUUCGCUCGUGUCCAUUCAGGGCUGAGACACCAAAAAAGCCUGAUUCAGAAGCUCAGACCAUUGAUCAGUGAAACAAGACAAGUUCCAAUACAGUGUCUGGAAGAAAUUGAGACAAAUCAUCAUGCAGUUCUUCGGGCAUCAGUACCUCGACUCCCCGGUGCCCCCCCUCUGCCCUCUUGUUCUGGCCGCCCGUGUCCUCCCGUUGGUGGCCCGACCAGCACCCAACUCCCAGACAUUUUGAGAGAGGACUGCUGGUACAAUGGCCCGUGGCCAACACAGCAGUGCUCUGAAGAGGCUUUGGUCGGGAAUGAGACCUCCUCUGUCGUUUUGCCCCCACCGCCUCUUAAUCAGGCCUCCAUAGAUGACAGCUCCAGGUCCUUCCCCAGUCCUCCCAAACCUAGUGACGCCCUUUUCUGGGAGGGACACUCAGCCGCAUCGAAUUCAUCAUCCUUGAUUGGAAACUGCAGUCCAAGGAGCCCUUCCAGUACAGAAUGGAUCAAACCCUUUUGA